CGGAAACUGAAUCGUCAUCACUGUCUUCUACCAAAACAUCGUAAACUGAAUCAUCAUCACUGACUUCUACCAAAACAUCGGAAACUGAAUCAUCAUCACUGUCUUCUACCAAAACAAUGGAAACUGCAUCGUCAUCGCUGUCUUCUACCAAAACAUCGGAAACUGCAUCAUCACCAGUCCCAUGUGCCAGAUCAUCAGGAAUUGAGUCAUCAUCAGUCUUAUCUACUAAAACAUCGGAAAAUACUACCAAGGCAGCAGAAACUGCAAGUGAAGGAUCAAUAGCUUUUUCACCAAUCCGGUUACCCGAUCGGAACAAAGCUGAAGCUUUGAGUAAGACCUUGGUACCGGAAUCGGACAAAAGUAGCCAGGUUGGUGCCAUGAGAUCAGACAACCAGACAUCCCGAAAGGAAAGGAAAGUCCAGUCUCACCCCUACACUAGGAGACCUCGCCGCGACUCUUGGUCAUUUGACAUUCCCUACAGAAAUCUACAAGAUUUGAUGAGAGACUUAACCACAGCUACAUUUAGAGAAAAGAAUGGGGAUGUCCCAAAGUCACAGAAAUCCAGGGGUCGCGCUCCUUGCCGAUUCCGCAACUAUAAAUUCAGGCGAUCCUCAGUUCCUGAUUGUCUUCCUGAUAGUCCUGAUGACUCGGAUGAGUUUACUGCUGAGGCCAUACCUGACUUUGAGGAGAGGAAGAGGAAGGCGGACAUCAUUGAAACCAUGCAGACCAGCAAGAAGGAGGACCAGGAGGAUUACACUGCUGAGCAGAGUAGCUACAGUCCUGGUGCCACACAGGCUUCCAAGGUCAAACCUGGUGGUGACAAAGAGAAGGAAGCGGAGGGUGACAAGGCGAACAUACAUACAAGACUCUUACGUAUAUCCAAAUUGACAUCUCCGGCACAGGUGAAGGAGAAGUCUCCAGAAGACAAGGACACUGCCUCCAAAGGGUCUAGUAAGGAUAGUUAUCAGGAGUCAAACAAGGACACUGCUUUGUCAGGAAAUGGCAUCAGUUCUUCAAAUACUAACAGGAAGAGGAGGAUCAGUCAGGCGUGUAGUCCAAAUCGUAGGAGAGAUUGGCGACAGAGCAGGAGUCGACACAACACCGGACUUGGGGAAACGAGGCAUUCUGAACAACUUCAAGAGGAAAUGUUCUCACAAUGUAGGAGCAAGAACACCCCUACCGAUGUCAAGAGUGGAAAAUCUUCACAGAGAAGCAGCAGGGAAAGUACCCCAUCUGACUUGACUACAGGUACAGCUCUGCGGAGACAAGGAAGCAGAGAAUAUUCACCAUCAGAAUGUUACUGUGUAACAGGAGAAGGGAAGAGUAGUAGGGAAAACACACCAACAGAUGGUAGUGAAACACUGAAGAAGAAAAUCUUGAUAAAAAGACUAGACAGUAGCUCUGAGAAGGAAUCAUCAUUGUCUCCGGCUACGGUGAGGUCUGAUGACUGUAUAAACCCUAACAUGUUCCGACCCAUUACCGCACACAAACUCACAGCUGACAGCGCUGAAAAGGAAGGGGGCGAUUUGAGAAACUACAUUCAACAGCUUAAGGGAAAAAAGGAAAAGAAAUCAGAACCGUUCACCGUGAAAGUGAAUGUCUCGGAUGAAUCUGGUUGUUCAGAGAAAUUAGCAUCAGACAAGGACAACAAGGGUGACAACAAUGGACCAACAGCUCCUCCAGAAAGCAAUAGAGCAGGCUCUCCAAAUAAAAGGAUAUCCGAUUGUGGACAGGAAAAGUCGGAGGAAGAUACAGACAGAGAUCCCACAGACUUUAUUGUGAAGGAGGGAGAUAUCUCAAAUGAAGAUGUUAGUGACUGGAUCGUGAUGGACGAGUUCCAUUGUCAGGAAGUGUCAGUGCUUAAAGAACCUGAUAACCUUGACAACAAACCUGAUGACCUUGACAACAACCCUGAUGACCUUGACAACAAACCUGAUAACCUUGACAACAAACCUGAUGAUCAAGAUCAACGUGUUAAGAACAUCGCUGAGGAACCUGUGACAAACAGCAUGAAGGAUGCUACUGAUGAUGAUAAAAGAACAGAUUUAGCACAAGUACAAACAAAGUCACCGACAACUGGGACAAAGGUAAAGGAAUCCCAUUCUGAUGAACAAGGUCACCUUAUUCAGAACAUACCUAAGGAACCUAUGACAAACAUUACUACAGAAGACACAAAUGAUGAAAUGAAAAAACAGGUAUCCAGAUAUCAAACAAAGCUCCCGUCCGAGUUAUCAACGACUGGAACAAAAGAAACGGGGUUGCCUACAGAAAAUGGGAAAAGUAUCAAUGGUGACAGCAGUGAUUCUUUGUGUACCCAACCUCACACUGAGUUAAAUAAUGAAAUCAGACUGGAGACCAAUCACGGAGAUAAAACUAUCAUAGACAGCUGUGACAUGAGCAUCUCCGAGAUUGUUAAUGAUCAUCAGGGUGUCGAUACUUCAACAUUUGUGCCAGUCAUUCAUCUGUCCGGGACAAAGGGCAGGAAGAUCCCAUGGGCAAAAGAAUUGAACCCGUCUGAAGUAAUGGAGGAAAAAGUUGAUAGUGAGAAGAUUGGUUAUCUGUCCAGAAUAAAAGUAGAAAAUCCUGCAUUAAAAGAGAUUGAUAAAGAGGUCAGUCAAAAUAUUACAAUCACUGGAACAAAAGAAGGGAUUCCAACACCUACCAAAGUCCAUGUCAAGGAGGAGCACAAUACCAAUAACAAUUCAAGUCAAUCUGCAGUUGUAUUAAGAAUAAAACAGGAGGAUAGUCCCAUGUUGAACCAAAUCUUAGAAAGUCCAACUCGGGAAUUAGUCAAUCAGAUAUCAGAGGAUGAUAGAGUGGACAGUCAAAUAUCAGUUAAAGAGGAAAUUCAACAGAAUGUCAAAUCAACCCUUGAAGAAAUGUUGAAACAAAACUCAAAAUCAUAUGAAGACGGAAUUGCUUCUAAAAUUUCUGAACCAGAAAUUCUCCAAGAAGCAAAAAACGAUACUCCAUAUUCAACAAGUGGACAUAAAGCCCCUGCUGAGCAAAUCAGGAGAGAAGCCACACAGGAUACUGGAGGUAGUGAAAUCAACACUCAAAACACCUACAUAGACAAUUUGAGCAGUGUGCAUCUUGAUGCUUCAGAAGACAAAACGACUAAAAAUGUUGGUGUGGUCGUAUCAAGUAAAUCUAUAGACCAACCAGAUAUGACAGGCGACAGGAUCUACAGUAAAAGCUUGUAUGGCUAUGAGGAAGCGAACCCAGCUAACACCAGUGUAUCCUCAAAAAGAUUGGAUUGCUCAUGGGAUUUCACAGACAAGGAUGAGGGUUCCUCUGAACCAAUUUAUGGAAAAUAUUUCACUGCUGCCACUCGACAAGUACCCGAGAACAGCACAGAUGACGAUCCUAACAACAUUGAGGCGAAAACUGUUGAUAAGGAUUUGACGGACAACAAUCUGGGACAGGUUGAACAAAGUACUAGUUCCAGCAGUUCUUCUGGUUCUUGUGACACACCUGCGAACGAAGAAAAGAUUGCCAUUAACUCUGUAAACUUGAAUUAUAGAGAAAACUUAGAAGGUGUGAAGCACGACCACACUGCAAUCCCAAAUCCAGCUGAAUUAAGUAAUAUGUCUUGCCAACUUGAUAUAUAUCAAUCAGAUAAACUUGACAUUCAUCAAGGAGUAGAAUCUGUAAAAUGUCACGAUAAAGUGGAAGUGGGAGUUGAACAAACUGUACCCUGUAUCAGUGCUGAGGAAAAAACUGUACCCUGUAUCGGUGCGGAGGAAAAAACUGUUCCCUGUAUCGGUGCUGAGGAAAAAACUGUACCCUGUAUCGGUGCUGAGGAAAAAACUGUAACCUGUAUCGGUGCUGAGGAAAAAACUGUUCCCUGUAUCAGUGCUGAGGAAAAAACUGUACCCUGUAUCGGUGCUGAGGAAAAAACUGGUGCUGAUGCUGAGGAGGAACUGCUGCUAGCUACCAACACAUGUGCUCUUCUGUGUCAGCGAGAUGUAUUCACGUCUGUCAAUGGGAAGGAUGAGACAAGCAGCUCGGAACAGGACAGUUCCCAGGGCUCCAGCCGCAAGUGUAAUUUAAGCUUUGAGGCAGAGUACAGAGAAAAUAGUGACAAUGAGCUGUUGGAGAUAGGAGAGUACUGCGCAGACUUGAAUUACAGAUUAGAUAGGGACAUGGACUUAGGUCAUGACAUUGAAGUUGAGAGUAUCAUUUCACGUUUAGAAGAGGGAAAAGAUGACCAUGAAACUUUGAUUCCAUGCGAGCACUUUGAAAAGUUUAAAGAAACUAGCAUUCGUAAUGCAUCCCUUGGAAAGCAUCAUUCAAAAGCAUUGCAUUCAAAACUGAAGGCUGACGGUGAAGAAAAGUUCCCUAAACAGAAGGAUAGCUGUGCAGACGUUGCUACAAAUAAACUGAAGUUGCAGGAAUUAAACAGUGACAAGAUUACCCAAAAGACCACCACCUCUAAUUACUACGAAUGCUUUGAUAAUGAUGACGUGGCUUUGAAAUCAAAUUAUACAUUUUUCGAUGGGACAUCUUUGGAAUCGCAGAGAAAUUCACCAGAGGAAAUUUUGCCCAGCUCAAUUAACCAGAAUAUUGAAAUAAACAAUGAUCCAAAAACCCAACCACUUGAGAAAUUAAUAGGAUAUAGUCAAGAAGAUUCUGGUCAUGAAAACACCAAAGGUUUUGUGCCCGCGGGUGGUAGGGAGGAAUUCAUUCCUGAUAGCCAAGAAGAAUCAGAUGGGAAUGAGGCAGAGAUGGUCAAUAUCAGCAACUUUCUUAAGUCAGAUAUUUUGCAGGAUUGUAAUUCCGGCCUCGCCGACAGCCAGCCAGGACAACCUGACAGCAUGGUGUUGGAAUCCAAAAUCACAGAAGAAAUACCACAUGCUCAACCCCAAGUCAAAACAUCUACACCCCGAGUCUCUCCAGUGGCAGACUUCUUUGGACUACAAGAUCAGGCACCUGUAAUGCCAUCUGCUGACAGACCUUAUACAGACUAUGUGUAUGGCAUGUAUAAAAAUACACCUGAAUCUGUAAGUGAAAUACCAUUGGACAGCAAUGUGGAAGAACUUGAUGAACAUGAAUUGGACGGUAAUAUAUGGGCAAAAUUACCAAAGUUUAUUCAGAACAGUCCACUUAACCUGAGUGUGUCAUCAAAACCCAGAACCAGUGAAGGAAUUCCAGGGAUGAAUAGCUAUGCAAGUCUAGACUGUUCUGAUCUGGCUGAUGAGGAAGUUUCUAACCAUUGUGGAACCAACAUCCAGCAGGUAACCUCUAUUCAGAGUAUCAACACCGAUCCUAGCAGCAGUUUAGAACUACCACCACCAAUGGAAGUUUCCUUGAAGGAAUCAUGUCCUGUUGAAAAAACACCAGCAAUCUUGUUGACACGUAAAUGUGAGGAACAAAAUGAAAUGUCUACAGAUAUUUCAAACCUUCCAGAGCAGACAUCUUUGUCAUCAGAGAGCGAGGCACCAGCCUCGAAGCCUCAACAAGUGUCAGCCUCAAUAACAUCCAAACUUCCAGGGGAGACAUCUUUGUCCUCAGUGAGCGAGGCCCCUGCCUCGAAGCCUCAACCAGUGUCAGCCUCAGUAGCGUCCAAUCUUCCAGAGGAGACAUCUUUGUCCUCAGUGAGCGAGGCACCUGCCUCGAAGCCUCAACCAGUGUUGGCCUCAAUAACGUCCAAUCUUUUAAAGCAGACAUCUUUGUCCUCAGUGAGCGGGGCACCUGCCUCGAAGCCUCAACCAGUGUUGGCCUCAAUAACAUCCAAUCUUUUUAAGCAGACAUCUUUGUCCUCGGUGAGCGAGGCACCUGUCUCAAAGCCUCAACCAGUGUUGGCCUCAAUAAUCUCAAAUCUUCCAGAGCAGACAAUGUUAUCAACAGAUAGUGAGGCUUCCUAUGAGGAUAAAACAGUAUCACCCAUGGCAGAGGAUGGUCUUACACAAGCACAGCUUACACCAUCAGUUGAUAGCGAUUGCUUUAAAACGUCCUCCCAGGAUAGUGACUCUGAUAAUUGCUCACAGGAAUCGGAUACUGUUGUACAGCAGCAAAGUUCAGUACAGUGCAGCAUAGUUGGAGAACAUACUACCGUGUAUGCAGAACAGUUAAAUAUCUCUACAGCAUCGUCUAAUGUAGACAUCCUUGUACCAACCAUGGAACCAGAGUAUGUACAACAAUCACAGCCUAUGCUGGCUACAGAAGUUGGCAAAGAGGAUGGUCGUCCAUGUGCUCCUAUGAGCUACAGCCCUCCCAAGCCAUGGGUAAUGUCACCUCCACCGUAUGUUCCAAACUUCUGGCCAUACUCACCACGUCUUAAUUAUGCUGCACCAAAUCCAUAUUUUCCAUACAGACCUCCAUUACUGCAGCAUCCCCUAAACAGCUACAGGUUCUGGCGUCCACCGUUCUUCCAUUACCCUGACAGCCGAUGUAUUCCACUACAGCAGCACGGCCUCAUGUCCUCCCUGGAUCCCCGAAUCCUCAGCUGGACUGGGGCCAUGAGGCAACAGCUCCAGGCCAGCACAACUGGUCUCUGUCCUUUGCCGAUGUUCCAGCCUAGACUUCCUAUGUACAGUUCAUACUCGUACUGUAGAUCAGACACACGUGUGGGAGAUCAACAACAUGAAGUCUCCGACAAUCCUUUGAAUGCUGUGCAUCCUAAUUCAAACCUGCAAACUCCAACAUCACCUGAUCAGGGAGGAAAUCUUCCCAGUUAUUCCAAUGUCUUCAUGCAGUAUGUUGUUCACAAACGGCCUGUUCUGACAAGUGAUGCUGUGGUGUCUCCUCAGCCUACUGCCAGGCCCCAACGUUCUGUAUCUCUGACCACCACCACCACCACCACCACCAUGUGUACGGCUACUCCACAGCCAACAGGUCACCUACCUGUUGUAGAGACCCCUUCAGUUAGGUCUUCAAUUGCUUCUAUUACACCACCAGCAACAUCAGAAGGAACAAGAACAUUUUGUUGUGCAAAUUCUUCCAAAUGCACAACUACAGAUUGUGCUCGAUGUUUAAUAGCUCCUGAAAACAUUCCACUACCUGACUAUUCUUCAGAUACCUCACCUCAAGCUGUGCCGGAAACACCUGCACUGCUUCCCCCCAUCUCCACUUUCACAAGGAAGCCCGAAGUGGACAGAAAAUCUGACCGGUGACUGAUCCACGGUCAGGAGCAGGAUUUACACUAGAUAGUGCUACUUGUGUUGGUGAUGGUUCCAGUGCUGUGUGAUGUUAGGAACACAUGUCCAUCUCCAGAUAUUUGAGGGGCAGAUAUUGCCACCGUUUUAGUUUUAGUGCUGACUGUGACAUUCUAAUGACAUGGUCAUCUCCAGUGCUGGAGAGACGGAACAUAAGGGUAUUUUUUCUAAGGAAAGCAAAGAAUCAAACUGGUAGUGCCCCGUAAGACUACCCAUUCCUGGAGCAACUGGAGCUGAACUGAUUUAUGGUAACAAUACAGUGACAAGAUCUCUCUCACCUCAAGUUUAUAGAGACUUGUUUUCUAUAGCAAAAGGUUUCGGGUUUAAUUCUGUAGUGAUUUUGGAAAAGAUUGCUUUAAAGCCUUCAAACACUUGUCAUUUACAGGAAGAUCUAACUGAGCAUUGCAAAGAAUGUUCAAACUAAAUGUGUGAAGUAUAUUUCAGCAGAUAUGACUUUAAGUGUAACCAUGCAUAGAAAAAUUGAAUUAGGAUGUUUCAAAGGUGAAUGUUGAUGUCAAUGUAUGAUAUAUACUGGAAAUGCUAGCGUUUUUCACCGAGUAAAUCAGCCUUAAAAAAAAAAAAAUAUACAAAUAUUUAUUUAUAGAUUAUAGAAGAAGAGAUUUCAGAACUAUCCGUGAUCGGAUUAAACUCGAGUCACAAUGCAAACAUUUCAGGUGAUAUAGUUGUAGGCUGACUGGCAUAAAUGAAAAGUGUUUUUGUUUUAAUUUGUUAACUCAUUCACCCCUGAAGACACAUUUGAAGUCUUCCGAUUCAAAGGUUGGAAUAGUUCAUCAUGAAAUUUCAGGGGUGAAUGGGUUAAUAUAUAUGCUGUCAGAUAGGCAUCAUUGCACUUCUCGUCACAGCCAGUGAUAUUUCAUAAUCUAGCUAACUUGAGACUCGGAUAGUAUAUACCAUGCCUUAAGACAACGAUGCUUCAUUUUUGCUUUCUUGAAUUGGUUAUAAAUUGCCUGUGAGUUUACUCCUAGGUGCAGCAUCCAUUGUCCAGCACACAUAUUGUGUUGCUAUGACUGGAGUCAUAUUUGCUAUAACUUCAUAAGAGUAGGAUUAUCCAAUCUGUUCAAAGACAUUGCCUUGAUACAUUUUUAGGUAAAAUGUGAGAACGUUGACACUAAAAGUAACAUUAUUUGGCUGGUUGCUUGCAAGGGUAAUAUGUUAACAGAUUUGUGCAAAUAGGUUUCCCUUUAUGUACAUUCAAGAUCACAGGGUAUAAAUGUAUGUAGCUUUCUGAUAUGAGGGACUAUUAAGAUGUUUAGAUAAAUCACAUUGACACAGUGAUUAGAUGUGGUGAAAGUACUUUUACUAUAAUACCAUUCCAAGUAUUCAAGGGUUACAGGUCUGAAUGUGUUAGAAACUUGAAACUAUUUCUAAACAACCUUGAUGCCAGCAUAAUGAUAUAUUGUAUUUGACAUGUAGCUUGUGGGGAUGAAGAGUUGUUCAACUUUAAGUUUGUUCAAAUAAGUGAUAAAAUAUGGUGUAGCUUCUUGAUUGCUUGAUAUUAUUAUGAUCAGUUGAUCAUGAGCUUUAAACAUAAUGUCAAUAUAUUACUGGUGAGUGAUACAGGCCUAUUGGGCCUUUAUGUAGUUUGUUUUCUCAUGAAAAAUUAUUAUGAAGCAAUACCAGCAAUUUAAAUAGAAAUUUAGGAAAAUGUUUAUGUUGUUGAUUGUGAAUUCUUUUUUAUAAAAAAGUUAGUUUGUGUCCCCUGGUAAGAACGCUUUUAUCAACACGGUGCAUAAUAACUUCUUAUAACAUAUUAUGCACUGAAAACAUUUGAUUUCGUGUUCCCCAGGGUUUGUUAGGUAGUUCUGUAUUAUGUUCUCCCUAAAUCACUAAUUAAAAUGCCAAGAUUCAGGAUCUGUGCUUUCAUUUAACUUUUGUAUUGAGUUUACAUGUACUGAAAAUACUCGUAGUCUAGCUUGUUACUGUGUAGUUACUGAAACUGAACCAACAAAUGAGAGUGUAUGCAAAAUUUGUGUGAUACCUUUUGUGAUAAAACAACUAUUAUUCCAUAGUUCAAAUUUAUAUAUUCGUUUUUUUUACUUUUAGUUCAUGUGUAGUAGUGUAAAAGAAAUUGUAGCACAUUUUUCAAAAAUAGUUCAUUUGUAGCAAAUUUUAUACUUGAUGAGGAAACUAUAGGAUGUUUUAGGUCAUACGCCUAGUUCUAUACUUACUGAAAUAAGAAAGGUUCUGAUGUUUGACCUACAAUGUUGUUGUAUUAAUUUUGUUUUCGCCAUUAGUUUUGGGUAUACACUUUGUUAUGUAAUCCUCUCGCAUUAGCAUCGUUUGUAAUAUUAGAUAUGAAAAUCAUGCUAAAACACCACAAUUCUUCAUUUUAAUAAUGAUACCAAAUUAGUAAUACAUUAGAAUGUGCUAAUUAAGAUAUAAUAGUUACAAAAAAUGUCAUUCAAAAGUUUUGAAUUUGUCGAUGUUUUAGUGAAGGGAGGUAAUCCAAAGUUUUUGUGGGGGUUUACGCUUGUUUGUAGUGUUUGUAGGAGCCAGUUUUAUAUUGUUAUGUUGGUAGAAAUAUAGUGAAAUGUUGGUGCCAUUUUGUCUGUAAUUGGAGUCUUUCUUAACAAUUUUAGGAAAGAAAUUAUCUUGACAGAAGGUCUCGUCUUUUUAUCAGUAUGUAGUAAAACAUAUCUUGAAUGUUUCGUUAGCCCUUUCACCACUGUAGACCAUAAUGGACUCACCCAGACAAAUGUGUGGUAGAGUCUACUAAAGUUAUCUAGGGGUGAAAUGGUUAAGAAUCUCUACAUUGGUGCAAUUUUUUUUGUCUCAUUAUUGUACUCUGAGCACUUUUGGUUCACACUUUUUGUCUCAUUAUUGUACUCUGAGCACUUUUGGUUCACACUUUUUGUCUCAUUAUUUUACACAAGAAGCAAAAAGAGAGAGUAAAAUCUUCUAAGGGAUGGUUGUUCACAUAUAAUUGGGGUUUUUUCUUUUCAAUUUAAGGUGAGGGAAUGUCAUUGUAUUUUUUGAAGUAAAGUUUACACUUGCAUCAUCUUGCAAAUAUACCUAUUAGUACACAAUAAUUUUUAUGUGCACAGAUAAUUGUGUUUUCAUGAUGCAAAAAUGCAGAAAUGGAGUUUCUGAGUUAUGUAUGGACACCAUAAUAUAUACAAUAUAUCUUAAAUCUAGUCGGUCAGUUAUUGAAAACUAGAUGCAUGUUCAACAUGCCAAGGCUAGUCAAAUAAUUGUACACAAUACGCUACCCGGUAAUAUGUUUUGUAGUAAUUUUACUAAUUUAUAGAAAUGCACAUUCUAGACCGAUGAGAUACUGUAUUAAGUCAUUGUGAUAUUAUCAGAUUAUUUUGGGGGGUUUUGCAACAAGAACAUUAGUGAAAAUAGACCUAGGAUUAUCUGUAGGCCUCAUUACCAGCUUUUACUGGUGAUAAUAACACAGCCAGAUGUCCCGACUUCUGUCACUACUACAAGUACACAAUAUGAAAAAUUUGCUGUACUAUCAAAAUCAAUACAUCAUGUAUAACAAAUUACAUACUUAGUAAUGGACCUGUACGACAUGUAUGUCAGUUAAAAUACACAUGCUAUACUGAUCUGGGUCACAGCAUGUAUGCUUAUGUGUAAUGUGGCACAUAUAUAUAUAUCAGUAUAGCAUAUAUGUGUAUUUUAAACAUAUGUAACGAACCCCUGUGGCUUGCCCAGGGAAACCAUUUUUUUUUUUUUACUACUAGUCUUAGUAACUUACUAAAUAUUUCACAAGCCCAGACUUCCAAUAGAAAAAAGACCUAUCCAAACUGAAACACGUACUGCUAAUCAUGUGUAGUAUAUACAGGAUAAAUAUCUACUAUCUAGCAUAUUGUCUUAUGAAAUUCAAACACAAUAAAGACAGUUAUUUAUCAGAUAUACAUUAAAGUUGUAUGGGAUUUAUUGACAUAAUAUGUAACUAUAAGAUUAAUGUAACAGUUGCUACUUGUUUUUGUGCCUUGUUCAAAAAGAUUCUUUGAUAAUAGUUUGUUAUUUCGACAAAUUUAGAAAACCGCUAUGGUGUUUGACUUUCAAUAGUUCCACAGUUAAUGGUGCUAUGUAGUUUUGUUCACUAUAUGUUUUUCAGUUGAUUUUGAUAAACUUUAAUCAAGAUACAUUUAUACCCCGGUACCAGCAGAUAAUGAUAUUAUGCAUUUUAGUAUUUAUCUGCUUUAUAUGUCAUGUUUCAGUGAGAUUCUCAUAUUUAAUCAACUCAAUCUUCAGAAAAUAUACAUUAUGUAAUUCUUAUUUUAAAAUACUCGUCUUCAAUUAUCUGAAUAAACAACUAAUUAGUGAAAUGUUAUGAACAAAUUCACCAAAGGAAGGAAGCUUAGGUACCGGGGUAUUUGUAAAGCUUACGAAUCUACAGAACAUUUCAUUGUCAAGCUUUUCAUUAUUAUUUUUUUAAUUUUAUUUCCUUUCUCUUAACCGGGAAAUUCUGCUUCUUUCCAAUCUGUGCAUAAUCUCAAUAAUGUUGAAAUUCGUUUAGACCUGUGCUUUUUAGAUGUGGUUAUCCUAGGGAAAUUCAAAUUAUCGCACACCUCUGCAUGCAAGACUUCCAUCAUGUGAAAAAUCAGUUGCUUAAGUUGAAAGAACUGUCUUUCUCUCAAACUUGAUAGAUACAUUCUUGAAAUUUUGAUUAAGAUGGCCGACACAUGCCUUGAUUAUGAAAAUGUCAGAACUUCACAGUAGGAUCACAUCAUCAAUUGUCGUUACUUUUAUCCUGUGUAACAGUAUCAUUAUAGGAUGUCUCAUCAAUUUUGACACACAUGCAAAAAAUAGCAGCAAUAUUUAAAGAGCAUUAGGAUAGUAAUCAAAAAUAAUCAUCCCUGUGAGAUGUAGACACAGAAAUACUGACAUUCAAGAUUUUUGUGGAUCAGUACAUGGCAAAACCUUGUACUGAACUAUGGAGGUUUCCUCAUCUGGCAUCAUGUCAUGAUUAUGGUGUUGUGAUGUCACAAUGCUGUUGUCACAUUUGUCAAGCUUAAUUGCCAUCAGAGGGGAAACUUUUCCCCAUAUUAUUUAGACUUGUAGUUCAUUUGAUGGAAAAAGUAUUAAGAAUAGAAUACUCUUUCAAACACGUUUAUUACAAUAUAUUUCAACCUUUAGGACUAAUUCUCCAAUUCACAACUCCUUGUGUGGAAUUUUCUUAUCUUAUCACUCAUGUAUUUAAAAAUGUCUUGUAUUCUUUGCGGUUUCAUUUUGUCUUACAUUCAGUAUAACGUUAUUUUAAUAUAGGUAUGCUACAUUAUUUGGAAAGUGAGAUGCUUUAUAUAUAUAUAUAUUUGUGGGUUAUCAAAGUAUUAGUGGUAAAGUUUAUUGUGAUUUUAUUGUGAUAUACAAUAUCCGUCAACUUGUAUUGUUUCUAUAUAAAAUGUUUUUCGUUUUUUUGUAAUUUUUACAUUUUCUUUCCCACGUUUCUAGGUUGCCUUUGUUCCCACCUUCCAUCCUGUGUUCCUCAGAGGGACAUGGAUUGUAGAUAUAUAGUUAAUAUUUUAAUAUUUUUAUACACUGCUCUCAGUCAUGUGCUUUUGACUCAAUGUUUUGUAUGGCUUGGAAUAACGAAAGCUAGACAUAAUAUGUUUGUAUGGCUUAAAAAUAAAAGAAACUAGACUUAAAAAAUGUAGAGAACUGCUUUUUUUUUUAGAAAACAAAACAAACAAAAAUCCCAUAUUUUGAUACAACAAUGUUUUUUUUCGAUACCAUGUAAUGCAUAAUGAUUAUCAUCAUAUUGGUUGACACCAGUACUUUAGUAUAUGACGGCUUUAUAAGGUACUAUACUACAAUAUUGUUUACGAAGUGUGUAUGAUACAUAUGAACUAAGAGGAGGGGGGGGGGGAUCAUUUAGAAACAGUAAUUACACCUAUAAUUCUUAAUGAACCCCUUUAUUCUAAUUUUAAGUCAACGACGCAUUAAUCACCGAAGUAACUGUGUGGAGAAUAUAGUUUGCAAUAAACUUGCUUUAAUUUGUUUAUCAUCCUCACUUUGAAAUUAGUAUUGAUACCUGGUAGGUGCUUUUUGUAUUAAUUUUGUCAUUCUUUCAAUUGUGACCUCAUAAUGGAACCUGUUGAAAAAAGCUACUGACUUGCUGAAGUUUUAUAGAGGGUCCAUGUUCCCAUUGUUUUACCAUGAUAACAUUCUCGUCCAAGGUGCAAUAGUACAACUUUCAUUGGGUUACUUCCCCUCAUAGCAAAUUAAAACGAGUUUGCUUUAUAAUUUUUCGAAAACAGUACCAUUGUUCUUGGAAAUAGAACAAGAUUCUGUUUUAUAAAGAUGCAAUAUAAAAAAUCACAUAUAUUGAUAAAACAUUUGGUUAUGUGACCAAUUUGGAGCAAACAUUUGGUUUUUGACACAUUUGAAGGUUAUUAUUUUGACUAAGUAUAUUUGAAAGAUUUUUUAUGAAAACAUUCCAAUGAUGUAUGUUGGUGUUCUUGUUUCACAUUGCACAACAGCACAUAAUAAGGAGUGAAAAGUAACAAAUGGUUACUAUUGUUCGUGCACCAAAAGUGAUAUUUAAUGUUCAGAACGCUUGUAUGUCUGUUGUUAAACUAGUACACAGCUGCUGGGUGAGUGAACUUUUUUUUACAGUGUAUUGCAUAUCACAUUUGAUGCUGAUGUUUUUGAUUAUUGUUAUUUUUUUUCGGAGGGGGAGUGGGGGCAAGCAUACAGAAGGUCAGAAAUGACAAAAUGGCUGGUACACAUACAUUAAGCUUCAUGACGACAUAAUCAAAUAUAAAAAUGGCUUAUCAUGUUAACACUUCAAAUACAUAUUUAACAUUAUGAUUGACAUUAACUGCUGUUACAUAAUUAGUAGUUAACACUAUUCUGUUUUUGUGUAAAUUUUUCAUAUUUUUAUCAGUACAGUGUACAUCCAAGUUGGUUUUCUCUCCAGUAAAAUUUGUGAUGCGUGUAAUUUGUGUUCCUUUAUAAAACAAGUGAUAGGUUACUUCAGUUAUCAAUUGCCCCAUUAAUUCAUUCACCCCUGAAGAUUUAUUUAAACUCUUCCUAUUCAAAGGCUGGAAUAGUUCAUUAGGAAAUUUCAGGGGGUGAAUGAGUUAUAGUCUUUAACUGACCAAUACAAGUACACUUGACAGGAAGUGAUAGGUGCUUGUAGCCUACCAUUUGUUACUUCCAAUAUAUGCUGCCAUUUACAGCUCACUGCACUGUGUAAUGCUAUUGAAGGGAGAUAACUCUUAAACAAAUCAUGCAUAUCAUAAGGUAGCUUACAACCUUAAGACAAAUUGAGUGUUACACAUGUAACCAUCUACUAAUAUUAGCACAAGCUUUCUAUAGAAAUGUUAAUAUGACAUAACCUCAUAACAUAAGAAUGGUUUAUUUGCUACCUAUUGUCUAUAUAAUAUGCAUUGUCUUUUGAUUGUGAUAUUUCUUUUGAGGAACAGAAGUAAACUACUUGUAAGUGUUUAUGCUAUUAAACUUUAACUGUUUUGA